CGCGUCAGUCCCUGUGGUUCUGGAGGAAGAGGGGGAAGAUGAAGAGGAGCGGGCAGUGCAGGCGGGCGGCCCAGGAGGUGGCACUGGCGGGUCCUGCCCCUGAUAAAGUGGGUUGGGUCAGACAGUACUGUGGGCGUGGCCUGUUCAGAGAGCUGUGGAAGAACCGAUACCUGGUCCUAAGACGAGAGCGGCUCUGGGUCUGCUCCAAAGAGGUAAAGGAGGAGUGCAGGGCUCAGCUGGUGUUGGAUCUUUCCAAAUAUGAACGCUGUGAAGAACUGAAGAAAGACAAGAGCCGCAGCAAAAAGAGCCACAGCCGCUUCACCUUGACACGCCGAGCUCCAAAUACUGUCCACAGUUUAGUGUUUCUGGCAGUGAGUCCUGAGGAGAAAGAGUCCUGGAUCCAAGUCCUGAACUCUGCCAUCAACCGAGCCAAGACCCGGCCCAAAGACCCCACCUUAGACCAGGUGGCACUGGAGGAUGGAGCACUGGUACAUUUGACCAAAGACCGGGUUCGGGUCCCACUGGGGCGUAGACUGCCCUCACGAGGACACCUACUGGCCGUGGCGUCCUCAUCCCAUGGCUCUCUCACCUUAGACUUGGUCUCAGAGGAGGACUUCUGCAGCAGAGGAUCAUGGGAGAGGGACAUGCACGGGGCUGCGGGCAUGCACGUGCCCGGGGGCCUGCACGUGGACUGCAGGGUGGUGGGGGGGAGGCAAAGGGCAGGAACAGAUGUGUCUAAACUCAGACCCAGAGAAACCCGGGUCAAGACUGGGUCUCUGCCCAGAACCAGUGAGAGGAACUGGGGCCGAGGAGAGGCCAGCAAGGCCCUGAAAAACCGCAGCAACAUACAGGUGUUUAAGGGCCAGAGCCGGACUCCACAGCCCGGGAAGAAGCUCAGUUCUCAGGGAAGAAACCGCUGUGCGUCCAUGGAUGAAGUCCUGAGGUGCAGACCCGCUCUGGUCCAGUCUGAGCUCCGAUGUCCAUCUGAGGAGCGUCCAGUGGGGCAGCUCCAGAGUCUGAUUGCACAGAGGAUGCAGAGAGCCCAGGAGCUGCUGGAGGAGAUGAGACUGCAGGAGCUGCAGAAAACCAAAGCCCAACAAGAACGAGCCGCUCACAAGAACGAGCCCAAGACUCAAAACCAGACCAAGACCCAGUCCAGGUUUGGAGGACCCACAUCUCCCCGAGUCAAGACCAAAGACUCUCCUCAGACUAAGAUCAAGAAAAAGACCAUCACAGACUCCCCCAAAACCAGAGACCCCAACAAGUCCAACCUAAGUCCCAAAGACAAGACCAGAGACCAGUCCAAGUCCUCACCGAGAACCAGGAUCCACAGUGAGACCCAAAGACUCCAGACAUGUUCACAAUCCUCAGCAAAACCAGUUCAAACAAAACCAUCUGAGACCCAGAGUCCAACCAGAGCCAGACCGGAACCAGACCCGGGUUUAGAGAAGAACCAAGAUGGACUGAAUCUGGACCAGAACCAAGGCCCUGAUGUUUAUGAACAGGAUCAGGACCAGGACCAGAGUCAGGACUCGGACUUGGACCAGGACCGGAAUCCUGAUGUACAGGACCAGCGUGCAGAGGCAGAGCGUCUCCUACAGGAGGCACUGUGCUCCUGGAAACAGGCCCAGGAGGUUCUGAAGGAGGUGAAGGAUCUGCAGAGCCAGACGCUGAGAAGGCAGAGACGCAAGACCUACCAGAACCUGAGACCGGAUCAGGACCAGAGACUGGGUCGAGACCAGGGACCGGAUCACAGCCAGGAGCAGAACCUAAAACGGGACCAGGACCAAAACCAGGACCAAAGAUCAGACCCGAGAUCAGACCAGAGACCAGAUAAGAGACCAGACCAAGACCAGAGCCAGCAACCAGAACAGAAUCAGGAGCAGAAUGGAGACCAGGACAAGGAUCAAGAACCAGAAGUCAUCCAGGAUCUGACAAAAACCGAGAGCAAGACGAGACAGAGCCAAGGAUCCUACCUGAGCCAGAGCAAAACUGGCUCACCUGGGAGGGAAGUGUCAGGGUCACCUGACACAGACAGCUAA